CUGUUCAUUUCAAUGAGGGGACAUUGACUCGGUAUGACAAAGCAGGGAGAAGAAAAAUGGAAACUUCACCGAUUUCGCGUUUAUCAUCAAUCUUUCCUAUAACUGGAUAAGGUGGUGAUUGGAUGAUAACAAAGAAUAGAAUUUCGUUAUUCAACAUUAGAGAGUUAUUAUGACUAUGAGAGUGGCAAGACUUUGAGUUCUACUUCAAAGUUGAUAAUGGGUGAAAGAAAAGGAAUUCUACUACUGGUUUCCUUCAACUGUUUGUUGUUUGCAAUAGCACAAGAUGUUACCAAUGAUUUUGCAGCCCUAAGGUCUCUAAUGGAUUCUUGGCAAAGCCCAACUAUCAACUGGGUGGGUUCAGAUCCUUGCAAUGGUCGUUGGAAUGGCAUUAAGUGCAAAGACUCGCGUGUUAUUUCAAUAUCAUUACCAGAUAUUGGUUUGACCGGCCAGCUUUCAGGAGAUAUUGGAUCACUUUCUGAACUGAACACUCUGGAUCUCUCAAACAAUAGGGGCUUAACAGGAUCACUUCCACCAGAAAUUGGAAAGUUGAAGAAGCUAUCAAAAUUAACUCUUGUUGGUUGUGGUUUUACUGGUCCCAUUCCAGAUGAAAUAGGAUCUCUACAAGAUCUUGUUUUCUUAUCUUUAAACUCCAAUACUUUUGUUGGACCAAUUCCACCUUCUAUUGGCUCUCUGUCAAAUCUUACUUGGCUAGAUUUAACUGACAAUCAGCUUAGUGGAUCCAUCCCAGUAUCAAGUGGCACUACCCCUGGUCUUGAUAUGUUACACAAUACGCGGCACUUUCAUCUUGGGAAGAAUAGGCUUUCAGGAGAAAUUCCUCCAGAACUUUUCAGCUUAAAAAUGACUCUGAUACAUGUGAUUUUUGAGAGCAAUCAACUAGUUGGCAGCAUUCCUGAUACACUUGGACUUGUUAAGAGUCUGAUGGUUGUGCGCUUUGAAAAUAAUUUAUUGAACGGAUAUGUGCCUCGGAGCCUCAACAACCUUACCGGUGUCACAGACCUGUUGUUGUCCAACAAUAAGUUGCAAGGUGCCCUGCCAAACCUUACUGGGAUGAACUCCCUAGAAUACUUGGAUUUGAGCAACAAUAGCUUUGAUGAGUCACGUUUUCCACCGUGGCUUUCAAAUCUGGAGAAUUUAACAACACUACAAAUGGAGAAUGUGAACCUUAUUGGAAACAUUCCGGUUCCUUUAUUUAGCCUUGCCCAUUUACAAAAUGUUGUGCUAAAAGACAACAAGCUUGGUGGAGCCUUGGAUAUUGGCACCAACUACAGCAAACAACUGCGUCUUAUUGAUUUGAAGUCAAAUUCAAUUGAGGACUUUGAGCAGCGAAAUGAUCUCUCGCAUAUCAAGAUAAUACUUAAGUCCAACCCGAUUUGUUUAGAAACAGGAGUUACAAUGAGUUACUGCACCACGGACAGUAUUUUAGAUACAAAACCACAGAAUUGUUUGCUGGAUAUUUGCGGGCCAAGUCAGACACUGAGUCCCAAGUGCAAAUGUGGAUAUCCAAUAACAGGAACUUUAACUGUCAGAGCUCCUUCCUUUUUUGAAUGGAGAAAUGAAACAUCCCUGGAGGAAUCUCUUUUGCAAGAAUUAAAAUUUUAUAAUCUAUCUGUGGAUUCAGUUUCUUUAACCAUUUCAACUCAAGAUCCAUUUCGUAGUUUUGAGUUCACAAUACAAAUUUUCCCACCAGGCCAAGAUCAUUUCAACCAAGAAGUCAUAUCUAGUAUAAGCUCUGUGCUUGGCAACCUAAGUGCUUAUAGUCCAUAUGAUUUUAUUACAGGAAACCCAGGUGAAGGAUCUAAGGUGACAAGUAAUUCAUCGAGCUCUGUCAUAAUAAUUGGAGCAGCAGUUGCUGGUUCUUGUGUUCUGCUUGUGCUACUAGUCCUUGCAGGUGUUUAUGCUUUCCGCCAGAAGAGAAGGGCGGAAAGAGCAAUUUCUCAAAGCAAUCCUUUUGGAAACUGGGAUCCAGAUAAAAGCAACUGUGACACCCCUCAGUUAAAAGCAGCAAGGCAGUUCUCUUUCAAAGAAAUUAAGAAAUACACAAACAACUUCUCACAAGCCAAUGAUAUUGGAUCAGGAGGUUAUGGAAAGGUUUAUAGGGGAACUCUUCCCUGUGGGAAAGUGGUAGCCAUAAAACGAGCUCAAAAAGAAUCAAAGCAGGGAGGGCCAGAAUUCAAAGCUGAGAUUGAACUUCUUUCAAGGGUCCACCACAAGAAUCUGGUUAGCCUUGUGGGAUUCUGCUUUGAACGAGAAGAACAAAUGCUGGUUUAUGAGUUUGUCCAAAAUGGAGCUUUGAAGGAUGCACUCACAGGGAAAUCUGGAAUUAUAUUGAGCUGGACUAGAAGACUGAAAGUAGCCCUUGGUGCUGCCAGGGGUUUGGCUUAUCUUCAUGAACAUGCUGAUCCCCCAAUUAUACACAGGGAUAUCAAAUCAAACAACAUUUUGCUGGAUGAAAACUAUACUGCUAAAGUGGCUGAUUUUGGUCUCUCCAAGUCUAUCUUAGAUGACGAAAAAGAUCACGUUACCACUCAAGUUAAAGGAACAAUGGGCUACUUGGAUCCAGACUAUUAUACUAGUCAGCAGUUAACUGAAAAGAGUGAUGUUUAUAGUUUUGGAGUGCUAAUGCUGGAGCUGAUUACUGCAAGAAAGCCAAUAGAGCGAGGGAAAUACAUUGUGAAAGUGGUCAGGAAUACAAUAGAUAAGACAAAAGACUUGUAUGGUCUUCACCAAAUUAUUGACCCAGCCAUCUGUUCAGGAUCAACACUGGAGGGUUUUGAGAAGUUUGUGGACCUUGCAAUGGAGUGUGUUGAAGUGAUGGGAGCUGAAAGGCCUGCAAUGAGUGAUGUGGUCAAAGAAAUUGAAGACAUGUUGCGGUCUGCUGGUUUGCUCCAAACAUCUGAAUCUGUAACAUCCACUUCAUCUAGUUCUAGAUAUCAGGAGGUAAGUAUAUUGAAUACCCAUCAGGACCAACCUUAUAGUAAGGAGUCCUUUGGUUCAAGUGCAGAACAUUUAUAUUAAAAAAAAUGAGCUAGUUAAGUUAGUCUUUUUCUCGAGAUAGAAGUCAAGAAAAGCUUGUUCAUAAGUAUUUAAUGGCCAAAACACUUAAACACAUAGAAGUGGAAAUUGUGGAUCAAAAGUUUGUGGCUGCUGACUUAAGAGUAUUACAUGGUCCACAUUUCCUUGA